AUGGCUCGUGUCAGCAUUCUUCUCUUAGGUGCUGCGAUACUGCACUCGCUUCUACCUACUGUGACUACGGCUGGUCGGGUUGCGCAAGAUGAUGAGGGGUAUAGUGUGCCGUACUUUGAGAAUAGCGGACGCCAAGUGUCACAGCCUCUAUUUGAGGAACUUAACGAGCUCGCUAAUAUCGUUGAUAUAGCGUACUGUGUUGGGAACUGGGGCAUAACGAAACCGUUUAGCUGUCCGGGCCUGUGCGAGCAGUUCUCGAACUUUGAGCUAGUGAAGACCUGGAACACAGGCCCUUUGCUUUCCGAUUCUUGCGGAUACAUUGCUCUUUCCCACCCUCCGUCAGCGAAGAGAAUCAUAGUCUCGUUCAGGGGAACUUAUUCUAUCGUAAACGCCAUAGCAGAUCUCUCUGUUGCGCCACAGGUUUACAUGCCUUAUCCAAACGGAAAGGAUCACCCCUAUGCAAAAUGUGAUAACUGUACCGCACACGGUGGUUUCAUGCGUUCAUGGGAGAAUACGCGACCGGAGAUAAUACCCGAUCUUAUAGAGGCUAUGAUGAAGUAUCCGGAUUAUCAGCUAGUUGUCACGGGCCACUCGCUUGGUGGUGCCGUAGCCGCUUUGGGGAGCCUUGAGUUCAAGUUGCGAGGCUGGAAUCCUCAUGUAACCACAUUUGGUGAGCCCCGAAUAGGGAACCAGGCACUGGCGGAUUAUUUCGAUAAGGUGUUUGGCCUUAACUCGACGGCCCCUUCGAAUGCAGGCCUUGGGUAUGAUCUUCAUCUCCCAUACCGCCGCGUAACCCAUACCAAUGAUCCUGUUCCCCUCCUUCCUCCACCUAGUUUGGAUUAUCGGAUGCAUUCGGGUGAAAUUUUUAUCACCAAGGUCGAUGUUCCUCCGGCUAUCACUGAUAUGCGUGUCUGUUAUGGGCCCACUGACCCAACGUGCAUCAGCGAGGAAGAGCAAGAGUAUGUCCGCAAGCUUCAGGAUGCACUACCGUGGAUGCCAUCCGAUAUGCCUAAUGAUGACCAGAGCCCACUUUAUCCCGAGAACGCGGACUCUGAGGUUGAUACUGAGAUGGUCAAACCGUGGGAGCUUUUCUUUGCCCAUCGUGAUUACUUCCAUCGAGUAGGCGUAUGUUUUCCAAAUAUCUUUGGUUCUCCCGACAAAAGUGAUAAGAAAUCACCUUGGUGGAAAUUCAAAUGGCUUUUCCCUGACCAUGACAAUCUGUGA